AAAGAGACCCUGGGCUAUGUUGGUCACAGUAAGGGUACGAUUAUAAUGUUCGGACUGUUGGCCACCAAAUCACAAUACAAUGCAAUAGUGAAGCCAUUCAUAGCCCUAUCGCCCGUCUCAUUCCUGGGUCACGCGACUACACCCAUAAAAUACUUGACCUAUAUUGAGGGUCUCUUAAGGUCAUAUCCCGCAUCACUGCUGCAUAUGGGAAAAUUGCAAGAAGUUUACGCCCAGUUAUGCGAAAACUAUUUUAUUCAGACUAUAUGCCAAAGAGUAUACUACUCUAUUAUGGGUUUCGGUGAACAACACUUUGAUUAUUCUAGGGUGGGCUCAUAUUUAUCAACGAUCCCCGCGGGGUCGGGCACGUGGGCGGGGACACACCUCUUGCAGAAAAUGAUAGCCAAAAGACCCGUAAAAUUCAAUUUGGGAACCGAAGAGAAUAUCCGCCGAUACGGACAGUCAGUUCCC